AUGUGCCCGCGCCAACACACCUUCUUUCGCUCAGGCAAGUCGCAAGAGGCCCACAACAGUUCUUCGUUGGAGAUAAUAUUCGGAAAAGUUUUGAGCACUUGCCUAUCAGGCGAGACCAAAGCUACUUACUACUAUUGCAAGGGUGAAUGUCUGACGAAGAAGGAGGUAGUAGGAGCGGGGGAGGGCGAGCGCAGAGGCUGUAAAUCAACGACCUACCUAAAAACAGCCCACACCGCAGAGCGUCUAUGGCCCUGGUUCCAUCUCGCGUGGCCUCCAGAACAUGAGAGCAAACGCAGGGCAAAGUCGUCCUGCGGUGCCCUCGUCAAUUCGUCCCUGCGUCGCAGCAUCCUAUCUCGUACCGCUAAAUCUCGCCUCCAACAAUGUGUUCCUCCUCCUCGAGAGGCCAACACCACCACCACCACCAGAUAUUCCAAGCUUCGUCUACAGAGUGGAACACUUCUGGGGAAGGACGCCCAUGGCGCACUCUACCUUCCAUCGCGGACCGCAAUGCCCUCACCGAAUAAGGCAUCUCGUCCGUGCGGUGGAGAAAUUCCCGCAAGCCGCUUUCAGAGCGAUUCCUGCCAUUCCAGCAGAGGACUCAAAGGUGGGUGUGCUGUCCGUGGCCCUGCACCUGCCCCGCUAAACGGACACGAAGGUCUUGACCACAUUUUCACAAUCGGCUCCGACCCGGUAGCGCAGCCUCGAAGAGAGUCAGCAUGCGCCAUGACGUGUCGCGGGACGUGGCCCUGGGCGGUGCCUGGGCCUGCGUCGCUUCCUCUUCUCGACUUGCAUGACGCCCUCACUUCAUACACCAACCUAGCUGGCUCAUCGCAUCCACACCGCUGUUUCCUCCAUACCAGCGGAGACACGGCAGCAGCCAUGGCGUUGGAAGAAGAGGGAGCAAUGUCCAGUGGGCAACAGGGCACCUUCGAGGUAUCCCCUCUUGCAUCGCUGCACAAGUACAUCACCCUUCCUCUUGCCCUCCAUAUUCCUCCUCUGCCAAGUCUGCACUAUCAAGCUGUGCCAACCUCUCCAUCCGCUGCGUCUUCAGAAGUUUCCUUGCAUGAUACCCAUGAUACCCUAGAACCUCAAAAUGCAACAAUCGGCAACAACCUACGCCUUCAGUCGCUGGUCCUUCAACCGCCUCCCCUGGACCUAGACACCAUCUCCUUCCUCCUCGAUGCAUCCAAUGCCGCAUAUGCCAUUGAGCCUUUUGCUCAACUGUUUCAGCUACUGGACAAGGCCGAUGCGGAUCCUCACUUUGAGAAUCUCAUUGCCUUCUUCGACGCCCGGUAUGAUGGCAAGACUGGGGUCCUCGAAGGUGCAGAGGUACUUGAAGACCCCCGCGAUCACGAUCAUCGGCUGCGCAGUGCUAGCGGCACGCAUAGGCAGGGCGUGCUAGGGCGCAUGGUAUCGCGCCGGACUGGCAAUGCUUCGAGUCGCAAGGCGAGCUCAGCUGCGACCUCGGCCAGAUCGGGCAGGCCCUCGACUUCACUGGGUCAGAGCGGCACUCUCUUGGCCUCGCUUCGGCGCUCAGGUAGUGUCGCUGCAGGCUCUCCCAUGUCCCCUAUCGAGGGGGGUAAUUCGCCCGUGAUGCUGAUGGGCGGAGAGGGCGAGAGCGUGUUUGUGGAUGAUGACGGAGACGCCUUUGCCAUUGCUUCUUCCACUGGUCAUGAGACAUACGAUCUCGCUCCUGCGAAUACCGCUGCUGCUACGAUCGGCCCACCUCGCUACGCGCCGCAUCUCGUGGUCCCGUCGCGCAGCGAGCCCGGCAAGGCUCGGUCCGUGGCCUUUCCUGUCCGGUUGGAUCUUCACAAUGCCGGAAAGGGCCUCUGCCCUCCACCGCCGCUCCCCACCUCCCCUACAGGAGGUGGUCCGCGUGAGUGGUCACAGCAGCAGCCUACCUCACCCACUUCUCCUUCCUAUGCGGCCGUUGAUAUGGGCAGUAGCAGGAGCUUCAGCCGUGGUUCUCGGGUGCGUUCCCCUUCUCAGGCGUCCGGCCUCGAGGGUGGAACGGGCUCGGGCUUCACAUCCAGCUUGAAGAGGAUCAUCUCACCCGACAGUGCCAUUUCCGGCCAUUCAGGCUACUCCGCCCAUUCUAGCGAUCCGCAAGAAGACGUGGGAGGCACUCCUCUCGGGCCUCGCUCUACUCAUGAUUCGGCUGGCGCUUCUAGCCUCGGAGGCAAGCAGCAGCAGCCGCCGCCUUCACGACGACGAACCUCGACCAUAUCCCGCAUCCUGAGCUUCCGAAAGGGCAAGAAGCGGGAGCCAAGCUUUGGUGGGAGUGUCUUCAGCGGAGGCGGCUCUUCCGAUGUGGGCGGAGAGGAUCCUUCGCUGAUGGAGGAGUACGAGUCGGAAGAGGUGCCCCCUGUACCUCCCGUCCCGGCUCAUCUUCUUCCCCCUCUGACUAUUCCGAACGGCCGAGAGGGGCAAGACGCUUCUCAGAAGAGCAAAGUGUUCUCACCUCUGGAGGAAGGCAUGGGCGGUCUAGUGCUCUCGCCCACUUCUGCCGCUCAGGCGACUCCCACCUUAGGAACGGCUGCUACGACUGCUCAGCUCUCUGAGGAUGGCCAACCCUAUGGUAGCCAUUUGCUCUAUACUACGGACGAAGGGGGCUUGCGGUCGUCCUCACCGCCAGAAGACGGUGGAGGGGAUGAACCUGCUUUUGCGUCCGCAGACGGGGUGACUUGGGCCGGUGCCGCGGCAGCUGAGGGUGGCGGCGCCCUCAAAGACUUCCUCUCCCUCUUUCGCGAGGCAGCAGAGACCGCUCUGAAGCUUCCGGCCAAAGUGGAGGAUCAUCCACUCGGCUCCCCUUCGACGAACGGGAACAGCGCCGAAAACGGGAAUGGGAUGAGUGACAAGGCCAAAGGAAAGCAGCCUGUGCCUGCUAUGACGCUCAGUCCCAUGGGCACGCCAUCGUCUGAGAGAGCAGCGGUGGGUCACGGUGAUAGCCUCUUCCCACCUGUCGCCUCACCGGGUGCCAGUCGACGAUCUUCCUCCCAUCGCUCGCGCCGGAGUGUUUUUGGUGACAUGGAUUCGCCCGCUCUGAAGAGCCCGGGACAAGAGACGCUUCAUGAUCUGGACAAUGGUGAUGACGAGGCUGACUUGUUUACUCGGGCGCGCCAGGGCAAGACAUCUAAUGAGGUCGAACCAUGGUGGCCCUCUGGAGGGAUAGAUCCUCUGCCAGUGUCCAUUCUCUCCGCUCUUGGUCUGGCUUUCGGUUGGAAGGGGACCUUGGCGCUUUGCUAUGGUCCUGGGUCACCCGUCACGAGGGGCGGAAAGGGGGGAGAGCUGGGCGCUUUGGGCAGAGCGGUCGCCAUGGCAGCAGCCGAGAGGCGGGGAGAGGCAUUCACAGACUCAUCGAACAGCGCAGCAGAUGCUGGCAAGAAGAACGACUGCCGUACCCUGUCUGAUUGGCAUCGUUUGGCUACAUCCAUUAGCAAGUGGGUCGAGCUGUACGAGAUGACUCGGAUCCGUUCUGGCCUCUCGCGGGAAAUCGGCCUCGAUCCGACACCAGCACCUGGCGUUGCCUCGGAACCGCUGGCCACUCAAGCCCAGUACUCUCUGACCUCUGGAGUGAUACCUGCCGCUGUGGCAUCCGACGCCUCGCGGCGAUCUCACGCCUUCCGAAGGCGACUGGGUAUCCCCGAGGGUCUUCCAGCGAACGAUGAUGGUGUAGAGCUGGGCGACUACCGCUGGUCACGAUCCAAGCUGGGCCCAGCCAGCGCAGCGACUAGUCUGACGCUAGCGGGCGCGUCCCUGGCACACUACCUUGGGGCAAUCGACGGUAGCGACUUGAGCUAUUCUUCCGCUUGGGAGCUCGACUACCUUGAGGCUCUUGUCCUCAAGAGCCCUGUCAUUGCUGAGCGCUUCCCCGCUCCGAUUGGAAGAGCCGUCGCCCUCCCCAUCGCGGAAGAGCAAGACGGACAGUAUCCCAGGGGCAAGCCUUGUCCAUACCCGCGCCCUGAUGGGUCCUUUGAUGCGAGCGAGUGGGAACGGUGGCUCCGAGGCGGCAAACUCGAAGAGAGCCAGCAAGGCGGAGGACUGAAGGGCGGCGACGUUCUGACGCCAGCAGUGAGCGUACAAGCCUGGUGGGCAUGCAUUGCCAUCAUCUCUUCCAGCACGGGAGCUAAUGACGCUACCAUCGACCUGCAGAUUCUCGGAAAGGACGAGGACUGGAGAGACGUCGCCUGCACUGAGGAGCCUGAAGACUCCGGAGCCGUGUACAUCUAGUUGAACAUUGUCAAGCACGCUCAGUCGCUUUGCCUCAUAUCCCAAUGUCAGCGCGCCAUCUUACCCUACGAAUGGGCACGGUCCCGUGUUUAUACUCAUAUGUCAAUGGAAUGCGUCACCCCCGUAUGCGAAAUACUCAAGUGCGCCGGCGGCCCAUUCAAAAGAAGCAAGACCGCGUAAAGCGCCGCACUCGGACUUGUUUGGCAAAAUUUGGCUUAGUCUGGAUGCUAUGCAAUUCCUCCCAUAUAAAUCAGAACGCGUUUCGACAACACAAGAUCUCUGCGGUGACUGCUACAAUUUUGCGGGCCGAACGACUUUUCU